GGGAAAGGUAGAAAAUGGUAAAUCAUGAAGAGGAAGAAGAAGAUAUUGUGUGGUUGGACGGAUCUUUCUUCAUCAAUGACAAUUACCAGCUAACUUCUUUCACCUUUGGGUCUCAUGUUCUCCAGCUCUAUUGUCUUCACUCAGCUUCUAGCAAUUUUCACGGAUAACUGGAUUUGAAGUUAGAGCAAUGUAAUUGUUGGAUAAAAGGAAAUGGAAGUGGAAAAAAAUAAGGGUGAACUGAUCAAAGGAUUAUAGCAAUUCCAUGGCACUGCCUCGCACCUUCUAUUCAAUAUAAAACCAAAACAAUUGCUAUUCGAUGCAUUUUCGUUCGGACGCUGUAGUUACACCUAAAGCUGAUUUUGAUUUGACAGGACAAUUGGUAUGGCCUGGUGCAAUGCUUUUGAAUGAUUAUCUCUCUAAAAACGCUGAGAUGCUUCAAGGAUGUUCCAUGAUUGAAUUAGGCUCUGGUGUGGGUAUCACUGGCAUGCUCUGCAGCAGAUUUUGUCGUCAAAUUCUUCUGACUGAUCAUAAUGAAGAAGUGCUGAAGAUCCUUAGGAGAAACAUAGAGCUGAAUGUAUCUUCUGAAAAUCCUAGUUGUUGUGCUGCACUAGAAGCUGAGAAGCUGGAGUGGGGAAAUUCUGAUCAGAUUAACAGGAUUUUACACAAAUAUCCUGGAGGUUUUGAAUUGAUACUUGGUGCUGACAUUUGCUUCCAGCAGUCAAGUGUUCCUUUGCUUUUUGAUACUGUAGAACAGCUCCUGAAGAACAGGGGACGCGGACAUUGCAAAUUCAUACUAGCAUAUGUAUCACGAGCCAAAAUCGGUACACUUUUAUGCAGGAUGGAUUUGAUGGUUAUUUCGGAAGCUACUCGACAUGGUAUGCUGAUAAACGAAGUAGCUGGGACAAGGUCUAUGGUUGGAAAUCUUGAAGGAGUCAUCUUCGAAAUCACACUCUGCUAGAGCCUAGAGGUGAUGAAUAUUAUUGGACUGUGGGAACUUGGGUUCAUGACUCGAUAUCUAUAGAAGCUAGUAACGCACAUGAUUGUGGAAGAAAGGAAUGUGAUCUGUGUGAAAAUGGCUUACCCGGUUGUCUGUGACAUUCUUGCCACCUAAGGAUUGAUGUUUGACUGGAAACGAUUUUAGAAGGCAAGCAAGUUUAAUGCUUCCAAAAUCUCUUGUUAUUUAUAAUAGAUCCCAAGUAUUUUAUGCUCA